AUGGCGUCUUUUUGGGAAUUGGUACGGGAUUGGGCAGAAUCCCUUCAUAUUCCUAAUUUUCUGCAGAGCUUUAGUGGCGGUGUGCGCACCACCUUUGUUCCUCUCUUUGCACGACAGCUGGGAUCAACGGACAGCCAACUGGGGUUCAUUAUUGGUUCUGCAGGAAUUGUCAAAGUUGUCUUUGAUAUGUUCUUUGCAUUUGCCACUUCAGUCUAUGGGACUCGUCUCAUGAUGGUCGCCGGCAUGCUUCUAAAUGCUCUUGGUGGCCUUGUUGCUACGAUGGCAUGGUCCCCCUUUGUGCUUGCCCUCGCGUCUAUGCUUUGGGGUGCUGGCGUGGGCUUAUUUUUUGUGGCUCGGCAUGUCUUUAUUGCAAAAGCAGUUCCUCGUUCCAUUUGUGGCCGUCUUAUGUCUGUUGUUGGUGGCAUUGCACGUUGGUGUUCCGUCUUGGGGCCUGGUGUUGCCGGAGUACUGACGGAUAUCUGUGAUAUUCGCGUAACCGCCUUCUCUAUUGUGCCAAUGAGUCUUGGAUGCGCCUACGUGAUGGCAAAAAAUAAGAGGAUACGUGAGGUGGAUGAAGGGAUUCGUGAAGAAAAGGGUACACACAGUAUUUCGAAGGAGUUUCAUGAAAUGAUGCAUGUGUUGCGAAAUUACUGGGAAAUCAUUGUACGUGUCGGCUUUUAUUCAUUGAUUAUUAUCUGUUUGCGCCAGUGUAGAGGGAUGUUAUUGGUAAUUGCGGCAAUGAAUAUGGGGCUUUCAUCGUCUAUGGUGGGUCUGGUGUUGGUAUCAUCAUAUUCAGUAGAUGCCACUUUUUUUUUCUUGGGAGGUUAUAUUAUGGAUAAGUGUGGCCAAAGCUAUGUGACUAUCCCUACGUCGAUAAAUCUGGGCAUCGCCUUUUUUAUUCUUUCUAAUGCUAAUUCUCUUGCUUCAUUGAUUCUGGCUUCCGUGUUCUUUGGUGUCGCGGAGUCUACCAGCUCUGGAAUGUUGCUGUCACUUACUGCCAACCAUUCUCCAUCCACUGGCCGCGCUCCCUUCAUGGGUCUUAUACGAACUGUGCAGGACUCUGGGCAAGUGCUUGGGCCAAUGGCUUCGGGCGUAAUUAUGGACUACUUUGGUUUUGCCUCUGUGUGUUACGUCAUGGGGGCUGUGGGGAUGCUUAGUGCCCCUUGGGCAUACUUCUUGAUUCCGGAAAAACCGCCUUGUCAUCUGGAAGAAGAGGCGGUGAAUGUCAGUGAGGGAUCUGCCGCUGUAACUUCACUUGUUACGGAUGCGGAAGAAAAAAAGGACUUUCUUGUUGUUGACGCCGAGGGUGAAAGAUGUUUAUCGUUGGACGAAGAGUUGUCACUAUUCGAUGACGCCGUGUCGGAGGAGGAGUUUGUGAAAAUGGCGGUACCGGAGGAAUGA